ACGGAACUGGUACAAAGUCGGGGUAAAUUCACAAGAAUUGCUGUGCUUGGUCGUGGAGAACAAAUUGAAGCACUUCAUGCACAAUUCCAGGCUAUCCACACGAAUUUGGCAUCGAAAUUGGCUGAAGUGAGGACUGAGUUGGAAAUGGCUGAGAUCGAGAAGGAGACGUUUAGGCGACUUUCGGAACAUGAAGCAAAAUCAAUCAAUAAGAGAGUUUCUCGCCUUCAAGAAGAAGUACGGCAACAAGAAGCUAGAGAACGUGAGCUACAAGAAGUACAUGGAAAGCUCAAAGAAAGAGACGGUUUUUAUUUUCUGGUUGAUCUUGUUGUUCCAGAUCAACACUGGAAACUGGAACAACUUGAGCUACGAAAUAAAGCCACCGUAGGAGCAGAACCAGUGCAGUACAACAACAAUCAAGCGGUUGAAGUUUGA